AUGGGGGGCCCCAUCAGCGGGAGCAGGAAGGACCCCCGGAGGGCCGAGUCUCAGCCCAGUGGGAUGGAAGAGAGCCAGAUUCGGCGUGGAGAUUACAUCAGGAAGGUGUUCAGUGUGCUGACAGUGCAGUUGCUGGCGAUCCUGAGUGUCCUGUGUCUGCUCCUGCUCUGUGAGCCCCUGAAGGAGUUCGUGAAGACCAACCUCUGGAUCUCCCUCAAUUCCUACCUCAUCUUCAUCCUGGUUUCCGCCGUGCUGCUCUUCUGCCUGUCCUGCAGGAGGGCCGUGCCCCGGGGCACUCCAGGCAUGUGUUUGGCAGAGGACAGCCAGGCGGUGCUGAGCACAGAGCCCACAGACACCAGCCUGGAGGAGCACAGCUUCGCUGCCCUCGUCCUGUCCCUGGACAUCAGCAUGAUCUUCAUCUACCUGCUUCUGCUCAGCGACUAG